AUGCUUGACACCUUCCUCUGGUCGAAAGAUUUUCCCCUUCAGGUGUGCGUCUUCAACUCGACCUCGCUGUCGGACCAAGCACACGAUACCCACGAGUCCCAACUUCAAGCAGCGACUUUGGAGUACACUAGAGUUCAAACUCUACUAGCGGCAUUGACGCCUCACAUCAAGCGAUGCAAGUUGUUGCAUUUCGAGCUGCUCUACCCCACUUCCCUCCCACCUGCCGCCUUCUUUCUCCAACGUCUGCCCAAUCUUAAAGAGUUGACUCUUCUCUCGGGAAGGGGUAUCCCUCCUCCGCCUUUUGUUGUUGGAUUUGGUAACCCGUGGACUAUUGGCAACCCCAUACAACCUGUCGCCAGCCGGCCCAGCCUUUGCUGGCUGAAUUGUCUCGCAUUCGACGCAUUUACAUUUAUGUGUUUGGCAAGAGCCUUCAAAGGAUUAUGGUCAGAAAUAUGCUACCGUGACAGGCAUCUUAGGCUCAGCAUCUGGAACUACACAUUUCGGCCUGCGCGCAGGGACCGAUCGGCUAGCAGAUUCACCUUCGAGGAGUUCAUCGGCUAUCUUGUAGACGCCGGCUUUGGCUGUCUCUCCUUGCGAAACAUGCACAUUGCAGGUCCCAGAGAUAUUUCCGCGGAGCCAUCUAAUCAUCCUGAGCCUUAUUCCUCCUCCUAUACCGGCAUUCGCUUCGAAAACGUUUCCAGAGAGCUUAUCUCGGAAUGUCUUUCCAUCUGCGACCUUCGACAACAAGAGUCGUUCGCCUUCAGAUCCUGCGACAUACCCCCCAUCGACGACUUUUUCGGCUACUUUCUCAAGCUCGAAAACAUCCCUCGGUCAACAGAUCUUCAAGGGGUACUCAAGUUAUGGCAAGGCCGGCAGCUGACCAUCGGUUCAUCGGCGUGCUUCAAUGACUCAUUGUUAGCCUGGUUCUCGGAUAACCGGCGUUGCGCACAAUAUCUGGACUCCCUCUUUUUAUUCGACUGCGAUUCCUUCUCGAUGGAGGCCUUGAAAGAGUUUAUUGACGCGAGAACGGAAGAAUUGGGCGAGGAGGAUGGCGAGGACUUGAAUGACUUUGAUGAGGAGCCUUGCAUACGCGAAUUACGCGUGCAGGGCGGCGGUCAUACCCUUGCAGACGAAGACAGGUUGUGGUUUCAACAACGCGUAAAACGCUUUUCCUUCGAAUGA